AAAUUUAUGUCAACAUCUUUCGAGAACAUCAUUUCAAAUUUCAAUACAAAUAUGAAUUCUCCAUUUUUAAUUACAGAACCCGCGAUUUUCUAGUGAUUCACUAUCUAUUGCCGCGCCUCAACGGUCUGGAAUGUAAAACAUCAAAACUUAAAUUGUGUGUGGCAUGCGACUCCGAUUUAUGGGAUCAAAGAAUGCGGGGAAUCGUGAUAUCAACAUUGAUCAACGAUCUUAAGGCUCAUUGACCCUCGACCCCCCCUUAAAUUAGAUAGCAGCUUGAUAACAGAUGAAAAAGAUUGCCACUUAAGAUGCUACUCAUCGCCCCAAUAUUCCAAGUCAUACUUUUCUUAUCGAUCGCAUCCUCCUUCGCUGUCUUAAAUCCAGUUGGAAGUAUCGGGUCCAAAGCGACCGCUCAAGAUGGAGCAUGCACCAAGUAUGGCGGUCUCUGUGUCCAGGCACCCUGUUGUAAAAACUCGGGCCUAACAUGUCAACUAGACGGUUAUGGUAUCCAUUUUUGCGAAUAUCAAGAUGAUGAUGGGCCUCCGAUUACCAGAUCGACAUUGGAUACUUUCCAUGAGAUUCUUCGUACGUUUAGAGAAAAGGCCUCGAUGGUUCUGAAUACCCUCGCUCUUCAGUCUAAACAUGAAGAGGUUGGUGAAGGUGUUGGUAUGGAAAUAGAGUUUUCUCUGAGAUUAGGUGAUGAAACGAUUACUGCGAAGGAAACGUGUAGUGAAGCCAGCUCGUCUUGCGAUUUUCAUCAAGGCGAACACUGUUGCCCCUCACUUGUCUGCUACCUGCCCCGAAGUUCAAGCAUGGGGGAAUGCCAUCCGCCUUUUGAUUCAAAGUCUGAAGAUGAAGAAAUUUUGGAUGUAUUGCGCAAACCAUAUCUGUCACCUAAACAGAACUUGAAAUUCAACUUGAACUCGAAUGUGGAUGAAAGUCUUGAAUCAGAAGAAGAGAAGAAAGAAGAAGCAAAUAAGUGGGACUUUCUGAAAGUAAUCGAAAUGCCGCCUAGACUAGACGAUAUCACCAAAUUGCCCAAGUGUAAACCAAUGAACAUGAAAUGCAAUCCCAUAAGCGGUAUCAGGGUUUGCUGUCCAGACUUGGACUGCAUACAAGUAGGUCCCGCAUAUGAAGAUUUCGAAUGUAGGCAAGCUAUGGAAACUCAGUACGCAAAGGAAAUUACAGCAUCCUUGUACAAGAAGAAAAAUGGUGGUAAAUCGCAGUGGUUUCUUGGUCGUUGAAAAGUCAGGAAUCUGAUUUGAUCGGGGAAGGAAUCAAGGGGGAGAAAGGAGAAAGUGAGAGGUCUAACGAUGAUGAACUUCUGUCUUUCUAAGUCUUUGAGGGGAUAACAUAGGCGAAUAGGUGUAAAAGGGCAUGGCAGGAAGGAAUGCAGAGAAUUCUGGUAAUUGGUACUAGCGAAUUGUGUGUCUUUUUUAUUGGAUUGAAGGAGAUAGGGGUUUGGGAUAUCGAUAGUUGGCUCUGGUCUUGAAAGAGAAUUGGAGACUCAUAUUCUACCUAGAACUCUCUUGAUCAUUCCUACUAUAACACAACAGUAAGAAAUUCUUUUUUUGA